AUGUUUUUCAAGUAAGAAAUUGUAUAUAGUUAGCUUUGCUCGUUUUUUCACUUAGCAAUAAUAAUUAGAUAGUUUGUUAGCAAAUCCUGAUUGCGAUUUAGAAACAAUUUUAUCGACUGAGGGAAUAUUACAAGAAAUAAAAGGUUUAGGAGCUACUAAAUUUGCUGAUCAGUAUUAAAUUAAGCAUAAUAAUAGUGUCAUUAAGCAUCCAGAAAUGUAUUAAAAAAUGAUUGAUUACAUUAUAUAAUUUGAAGAUGAACUUAUUGAUAAGAAAACUCAAAUUUAGUAAUUUCUUAAUUUAAGUAUUAGAUACCCUUUUCUAACAAGUGAGAUAUUAGGUAGUUAAAAUUAGAAAUUAAUUGAUUACUUAUUUGAAUGUCCUGAAGAAGAAAUUUAAAAUGAAAAUUAAUAAAUACGCUAAGGAUUAUACAACUAACUCUUAUCUUUCUUGGAUAAUGACAUACUGAAUGUUACUUCAGCAGGAUAUUUUGCAAAAGCAUUCAUAGCAAUAAUUAAGAAAAGAGGUUUUGAUGUAUGAUUUAUUUAAAUAUUUAGGUUUGGGCAACAAUUGUAAAAAACAAAACAAUUCUUUCAAACUUAAUAAAACAUAUAGAUAUUAAACAUAUAGCAGAAAUAAUUGAAAAAUUAAUAAUUUUAGAUACAUCAUAAGAAAAUUAUGAAGAGAAAUUCUUUGAAGAAAGAAAAUAAUUAUUAGAAAGAAUAAUUAAAUUAUUAUAACAUAAAUCUUAUAAUACAGAAAUAGUUGAUAAUGUUUGUGAUAUAUUAAUUGAGAUUACAACAAAGAGUAUGAGUUCUCUAUAUUAUAAUAAUGGAGAAAUAAUACCAUUUAUUGAUAUUAUAAAAAAACCUGAAUUAUUUUUGAAAAUUGCUUUGUAAACAUAGCGUAUAGGACCUUAUCAAUUAUUAAUAAAUUUAGUAGAAAUGUAAUCAAAAGAAACCAAAAAAGAAGAUGAUGAUGAAGUUGUUCAUAAUUUAGAAAAGGAUUAUUCAAUUUUUGAAUAGAUUUUAUCUGAAUUACCUCAAAAUCUAUUGAAUUAAGAUUAUCAUACAAGCAAUUUCAUUAAUUCUAAUAGAUCAUCCAUUUAACCUUUUGGAUUAGCAAGAAUGCACUUACUCAAACUUAUUCAAGUUCUUGUUUAGUAAUUAAUUAUUAAUAUAUUUAAUAAGAACUAAUGAUUACAAAAUAAUCAAAAUUCUAAUACAUUAUAGACUUAUUGAAGCAUUAUAAGCUAUUAUUAUUAAGUAUGAAUCAAACAAUCAAAUCCAUGCUUGUUGUGAUAAAAUACUUAGAGCUAUUAUAGAUCUUAAUUAAGAUGAUUUUACUUUUGAUGUAAAGUAUUAUUAAUUCUUUCAAUAGGUUUUCGAAAAUAAUAAUCUUUUAAAUUAUAUUGUUUAAAAUCACAAUAUUGAAAAUUCAAAAAAAGGUUUCAUUGGAUUCUUAACUUCAAUCUCUAAUUAUCUUGAAGAUAAAAGUAAACAAAACAAUAAAAUUUUAAAAUUACUUCGCAUGAGUAUAUAUAUAUUAAUAUAAUUAUUUUAGAUGAUUUAUGGUAGUAAUUUACAGACAAUAUAUUAAAUAAUGUGAAUUCUAAAGAGAAACCCUUUUUAUGUAAUGCUAAUCCAAGACCAAGUUAAGAACCAGAUGUACUUGAUGAACAAGAAACUGACAAUAUCUUGAACAUUUUAAGAGUAUAUACAUUAAUAAUACAACUAUUAGAAAUUUAACAAUAAUUUUUAAAAGAAUGACAAACAUGUUGGGGGUAAUGAAAUUGGAGAAGGAGUUUAGAGAAAUACUGAAGUUUUGAAUGAAUUUGAAUAAGAUUAAUAAGAUUAAUAGGAUGAUAAUACAGAAGAGGAACCUCUUUAAUAUGAAUUAAACUAAUAAAAUGAAGAUGAUUAACCUGAAGAAGAUGAUUAAGUUUAAUAGGAAUAUAAUCAAAGUAAUUUCUGGAAAUUGGAUGUGAAUGAGAAAUUGGCUUAAGAAUUGUUGGAUAAUUUUCAAUGAU